GGAGGGAUGGUGAUCAUUAGGGUUGCCCAACAGUGUUGUGAUCGUAUUACAGAGGCGGGGGAAAAGCCACAUUGGGAGUGCACAUUGGAGUUCUGUUUUAAAACCAAAUGCAUCGUGUCUUUGAAGCGCUUGGGUUGAACUAAUCAAGGCUGUGAUCCUGGACAUUGGGCAGACACUUGCAGCAUGGGAUUAACGGCAGAUUGCGCUCCACAUUUCCGCGAAUCACGCCGUCACGGUCCAUGUAGCUCUCCCACUCUGCACACACACAAAGCAUUGGUGCACAUACGAAGAAAGGCUAGGAUUCAUCUGCUGCCUUUGUCUCAGUCCUUAUUUUAAGUCAUCUUAUGCUUGUCCUGUAGAACCGAACAUGUUUUCAGUGCGGAUCGUCACGGCUGAUUAUUACAUGAGCAGCCCGAUCAGAGAACUGGACGUGUGUUACUCCGAAUUCAGAGACAGCGAUGUGAAGAAAGUGCCCGUGGUUCGGAUCUUUGGGGCCACGCCAGCAGGUCAGAAGACAUGUCUUCAUCUGCACGGACUUUUCCCGUACAUCUACGUGCCGUAUGAUGGGUUUGGACAGCAGGCGGAUCGUUACCUGCGGCAGGUGGCCUACAGCAUCGACAGGGCCCUGAACAUCAGCAUGGGAAACCCAUCGUCUAACACCCAGCAUAUCUUUAAAGUUGCUUUGGUGUCUGGCAUGCCUUUUUAUGGAUUCCAUAUGAAGGAAAAAGCCUUUAUGAAGAUUUACCUCUACAACCCUCAGAUGGUCAAAAGGGUGUGUGAGCUCCUGCAGGGCGGUGCUGUCAUGAACAAGAGUUUUCAGCCCCACGAGGCUCAUAUUCCCUUCCUGCUGCAGCUGUUCAUCGAUUACAAUCUCUACGGAAUGAACAUGAUCAAUCUUGCCGCUGUCAAGUUUCGCAGGAGUCACACAACAGGAGAACGUAUGUCCAGUAAAGUGGAUGACACUAUCCAGUGGAAGAGUCCCUGCACAUCCAAACUCAAUGACAGUGAGCUGAGGGACACAGUAUGCACUCGCUGGGAGGAAGACAACAUACCAAGUUCUCUGAUUCUAGAGGAGGUCAAACGCAUUAGUGUGUGUGAACUGGAGGUCGAUGCCGUGGCUGCUGAUAUUCUGAACCGGCUUGAGAUUGAGAAUCAGAUUGGGAGGAACCCGGGUCUCCAGGCCAUCUGGGAGGAUGAGAAACAGCGACGACGAGAGAGAAGUCAAAGCUCUCAGAUCGACCUGCCUGAGUCGCAGGAUCGAGGCUUUGUGGAGUUUGCGGAGAGUGAACGAAUCUUCAUGAAGAGAUUUAAGGAAAUUCUCAGGGAAAAGGAAUUUGACGUGACUCAGACUGGCUCUGAAGUUGAUGCUAACGAAGACUCUUUUCCUGAGCUUUCCCUCCAUCCUGUGGUCCUGAGCCCCGAUGACUUACCCUGCAUACCUGCCAGCCAAGUAGAUGUGCACCAAGAUGCAAUCAAAGACACAAAAAGGCCUGGUGGCAAAGAUGCUGAAGUGGCAGUUGUUGAUGAAGAGGCCAUUUUGAGUCUGUUGGAAAACAGUCAGACCUUCCUCCCUCCCUCUCAGAGAUCCAACAAAUCAGCAAUACUUGACAACAGUCAAGACCAGGCCAUGGUGGAUCUGCUUGAGGCAUUGGCUGAUGAUGGGUUUAGAGCCGAAAGGUCCAGAGCAGCGUCCCAGCAGCAGCUGUCUGGUAGUGCUAGCUGGAACUAUAACAGUGAUGAGGAGGAGGCAGGGCCUGAGCUGGAGAAAGAAGAGGCGGAGCUCAGUAUAAUCAUGUCACAAAGAUGGGACAGUGACAUGUCAGAACACUCCACCAGGCAAAGAUUAUGUAUGAAAGAAGCAAGCGAAAGCUCUAGUGAAGAUCAGCAGGCAUCUUCAGAUGAGGAGAUGGACUGGAGGGGAAGUAGUGCCCUACUUGCCGAUCUGUCCAUUCCACAGUUAGAUGGGGCAGCUGAUGAGAACAGCGAUUCAUCACUGACAGAUAAAGGAUCCCGGACAGCAACAGACAAGUUUCUUGGUAGCAGAAAUGUGUUUCCAAAUGAAGCUGUUCUUUUGGAGCCACCGUCCUCUGCUAAAAUUGUCCUUAAGUACAAAUGUGCUGAGCGAAGACCCGCUCUUGACGAUUCAUCGGAUAAGCAUUUUAAAAGUCAAGAGGCAAAUGAAUAUUCAACUGGAUUAAGAGUUAAUAAAGACAUUCCUUAUAUUCCGCCUGUUAAACACCCAAUCCCUUGCAACAUGGCAAAUAUAUCCCAAAUUGGUACUGACAAAAUAGGUGUGCACCCUUUGUACACUGGUGAAAACCAAGCCACUGGCCUUAACCAGACAGAUUCUGAUGGCUUGAUAUUUGGAAACUCUAAACUUUCCCAGAGCAGAAAAAAAUAUAGCAGUAUGAAAAAUGUGGAAAAGAACCCUUUAUCCAUCUUGGAGAAUCACAGUAGCUUCUCAGUAUGUUACUCAGAGCUGAUGAAUGGUCCCACCAAGACUGAGAUAGAGCCAAGUCCCAAAGACUGCAGAAGUCUGGUGAUAAGAAGUUUUGACCAGACUCAAAGUCCUAUAGAAGAGAGCAAACUUUUGGCCCCUCAGGAGGCUGAGACAGGACACGGCAAUAAAGAGGGUGAUGUAGGGGAACUGAAAAUAAGGUAUGAGGACUACCAAGAAAAUAAAACCGAUAGGACCAUUGUGGCACAGCAGGAGGCACACUACAAAUUUUUCCCCAGCGUUAUCCUCUCUAACUGCCUUUCCAGACCGAUCAAAAAACAGGUCGCGGGCAAGACUGGGGAUGGCUGCUGUAACUUAGAUCACCCUGAGCAGCAACGGUCAAGGUUAAAGUUGACCAAAAAGAAAUCUACAUUAGGUCUAAAAAGGGGUAGUCCUGUAAGGACCCCAGCUCCAAUGAAAGAGGAAGCCACACCACUUCCUUGUGUCACUCCAGGCUCUCUCAACCAGAAAGAAAUGGAUAGAAAGGUUGACAAGGACACUUUAGAUCCACCAACUAUUAAAAGUUUAAUUGAGAGCUCAGUAGAGGAUGAACUCACAGAUAUCCCUACCAAAGUCUCUUGCACCAAGGUGUCCAGUUUGCCAGGUAGCAAAUACACCUUGCGGACAAAAAGGAAAAUAAUUCAUGACAGUGAAGAUGGAGAUCGUUUAAGUUCUCAUUCUUUCAAACAAGCUUCAGUGCAACUUGAAGGCCUUAAAGACAACACUGUCUUUAGCCAAAAAAAGAGGAAGCUGUCUAAAAAAGAGCCUCCAAUCAUCAUCAAAUAUAUAAUCAUCAACAGAUUCAAAGGUCAGAAGAACAUGCUGGUAAAGAUUGCUAAAAUUAAAGCUGAUGAACCUCACACAGUUUUAACACCAGAAAAGCUUGCAGAGUACAAAAAGCUUGCUCCUCUCAAAGAAUUCUGGCCCAAAGUCCCAGAGUCUACAGCAGUGAAGUACCCACUGGCUGAACCAAAAGUAAAGAAAUGCCCUAAACGAAAAGCCAAGGUCAACCCAACAUCAAAGAGGGCCAGCACCUCCCCAAAAUCCAGAUGUGCACAAGCCAGUCAGACCAAAAGGACAAAGAGGAUUAAAGCAGCAUUAACUUUACCCAAGUUACCCACUCCAUGGCCUUGUUAUAAUGAUUUUACUGAUGACUACUGUACUGAGUAUUCAGAUGUGAUGGUGGAGUUGGGUUAUUUGUCCGAAAGAGCCCCCAGUCCUUCCGAUUCAACUCCACCUCGAUGUUGGUCCCCUACCGACCCCUUAUUGAAAUCAAAUUCAAAUGAUCAUCUCAUAAACCCCCAUAAUGACCCAUGUCUUGGUUCACCCUAUCAGGCAAUGGCUGCAAAUCCAUACAGAAAAGGCCUUCAGGACAGAAGCAGGACAUCCAGGCCUAAAAUGGCUUCUGUUAACAGCCCAAAAAGACGGGCUAAGACCACCGCAAAACCAGUGGACAAUGAUUCUGUGAAAACAGAGAAUUUACAAAGGAAAAGUAAUCGUCCAAGAAGGCAAAAAAAAUAUUGUGAAAGUAUUGAAGGGACUGUUCUCAGAGACAGCACUUCUGUCUCUCAGAAAAGCAGGACCCGGAGCAAGAAGCAAGUAACUGGAAACUCCUUGUCAAUUGAAGGGAGUGAUAACUUGCAGGCUCCACUUCCUGGUAGCCCUGCACCUCUUCCUUUUUCAUCUGAUGACUUGACUCCUUUCCAGCAUCCCAUUCCAUUUAGUUCUCUAAAAAGUAGCCAAGAGGACCUUAUUGCCAGAUGUUCAGAUUCUCAAACAAUAAGCACCAAGAUUGAAAAAAAGUCAGAUCAAGAUGUUGAUGUUUUUGUCUUCAAUACCAUUGCCUCAAAUACACAAGAAUCACACAUUGCUUUCAAUCCCUUUAUUGAAAAGUCUCUUAAUAGUAUUCUUUCCCCAGCCACAAAGACUGUAGGACAUCCGUGUUCUGUCAUUACAUACAGCAGAUCAAAUUCAAGAUCUCAAAGCGUGAGUCAAGAUGGGACUUUCACACCAAAUCCCUAUGAAUUUAAAUCAGACAUUUCCAGCAAGGAAGAGAGCCCCAGGACCAUACAACAUUCACAAUCAACCUUAAAAACAACCAUAAAAUCAAGAAGACAGCCAGCAAAAAAGAAAGAUUUUGUAGAAUCUCUGUCGAAACCUGUGGAUUUUAGAUCCUCUCUUUUGCCAACUGAAAAAAGUGCAAUUAAAGAUGAACCUCAUACAGAUCUGACUUUAUCCUCAGUUCCUAAGAAUGGAGAAAUAUGUACUUCUGAAAUGCCUUCUGGGUUGGCUGUCUUGAAAGAGCUUCUUCAGAAGAGGCAACGGAAGGCAGGACAGAGAUCACAGAAAGGUCAAACCACUGAUGUUUUAAAAACCACCAAAUCUAAAACGGCCCCUUCAUCAACAUCAAGGAAACAAAGAGCUGCAGCAACUAAAGUGCCAAAAGAGUUGAAGUCCAAGAGCAGAAGUAAUCAAAGUAAACGGGAUGAUUUGGUGACACUUGACCAACUAUCAUCGGAUGACAGUCCUGUCUUUUUGUCUGACCCUGGCUUUGACAGCUGCUGCUCCAUUGAGGAUAGCUUAUCCCCAGAGAUCCCAAACAAUUACAGCUUUGAUAUCAAUGCCAUUGGCCAGACCGAGUUCUCCAGUCUUUAUUCUGGUAACCAGUUCGUUCUAACUGACAAGAACUUGCCUCAAAAGUUCCUCAGUGACGUCAGUCAGGAAGCAGUCAGUGCCCUGGUUGAAGGGCUGGGGAACAGGGCACAAAAAGUGUUUGAGGUUGAUGAGAUCAGCAAGCAUGAAAAGGACUGGAAUAAGUCUGGGACUCUUAGUCCAGAGCUCUUUGACAAGUCGUCUUCUGAAAAUGGCAGAAUUUUUCCAAAUGAGAUAUCUGUGUCUUUGCUUGAUUCAGAAAGAAUAUUUAGCAGAGAUUGGGGGAGCUCUUUUGGUAAAAUCCAUGGCCUCAGCCACUUUCAGGACUUUCACUGUGAAAAAAGAGAUGUGUUGCUUGACCCAGAGCCCUUUUUGCCCCUAACUUCUGCUUCUUUUGCUGAUAAUGGUGUUUCACCAAGUAGCGAUCUCUUAGAUGGCAGUGAUGCUUUAAAUUCAGCAACCCCAAGCGGUUCCCCACAUUCCAUCAACUCACUGUCCCAUCUUAGGAAUGGAGGUCAGACUUCAAAGAAUGGAGGAACUCACAUUCUCAAACCACUCAUGUGUCCGCCUACUCGGGAAGAGAUCUUAGCUACUCUGAUGGAUCUGGACCUCUCAGAAGCCACCUACCAGGAACCAUUCUGCAGUGACCCAUCAGAUGCACCCUUGAAGCCAAGGGAGGUUGGUGGUCGCAAGUUGACAUUGGAAACCAGGCUUGCGAAUGAACUAGCUGAGUUUAAUGGGGACUUGUCUCAGGAGGGCUUGCAGUUUUGGAAACUUGCAUUUUCUGCCAUGACAAAUCCAGGCUCUGCACCAACCCAUACUUCUAAAGAUUCAGUGUCUACCAAGGAGCAAGCCCCAUCCUCUGGCAGUGAUCAAAAGGUGAUCAUGCUUCCCUGCAAGAGUGCUCCAAGCCGAGAACGGGUGCAGCUUUGGCUGCAGGCCAAAAAACAGUAUGAUUGUCUUCAGAGGAAUAGGAAACAAAUGGGUGGCCAGACAAUUGCAGAGUUAAAGCAGAGAACAUGUGACAGGACCUCACCUCAGAAGAAGGACUUGGAUUUCCUUAGCUCUGAGAAUCGUGAUAAGGGGCUUGAAAAAGCUUCUCAGAGUAUCAAGAGGAACGGCUUGAUUGUACCACUCAGUAUCUCACCAGUUAAGGCAGCUUCAUCUGACAGCCCUAAGAGCAUGAAAUAUAUCUUGGACACUGAGGCCAAAGAUCUGAAGGUGGAGGUAAACAAAGGUAGUCAGGUCACUUCUCCAAGCUCACCUGAGCUUCCUACAUGGCAACAAAGACCUGCUGGCUUUAAGCAGGAUGAAGACAAGAACAAUUUGUCUGAUGGAUUACCAUCCACCCAAAUUGAUGAUCUCUAUUGCACAUCACCUGAAAAUGCACAGACAAAUGACCUCUUGAGUCCAUCUUCUUUUUCUAUUAAAGACCAAGUUUCAGAUGUGAAAAACUCUUACCUGCUUCAUAGCACACCUGUCCUCAGGAGGAGGAGAAGCACUGAUGACGAUGGGUCUAUCUGCAGUCCAACAAAAUAUGAGGAUAUGGAGCCCAGAUCACAACAGUUACAUCUGCGGAGUAACAAAAACAAAGAUGCUUUACGUAGAGUUUUGCUUACCACACAAAUGAAGAACCAGCUCACCGCUAUGAAUGUUCCGAAGAGAGAGAACUCUCAGAUUGAGGGUCCAUCGAUCUGCAAUUCAUAUGGCUUUAAAGUCAGUAUGCAGAACUUGCAGGAGGCCAAAGCGAUGCAUGAGGUGCAGUACCUCACACUGAUGAGCAUGGAGCUCCAUGCAAGGACCCGUCGCGACCUUGAGCCUGAUCCUGAAUUUGACCCAGUUUGUGCCUUAUUCUACUGCCUCAGUUCUGAUGCCCCUCUCCCCAAUUCUGACACCACCAAGAUGACUGGUGCCAUCAUUGUUGAUAAAGACUUUUGUUCUUCAGAUCAAGCCUCAAGGAGCACAGCACCUCUGUUGUUUAGAUCUGGUGUAACAGGACUGCAGGUCACCUAUGCCAGCGACGAGAAGGAGCUGUUUGAAGAAAUCCAUAACAUAAUGACAAAAUAUGACCCAGACAUCCUAAUUGGUUAUGAGGUCCAGAUGCACUCUUGGGGCUACCUACUGCAGCGGGCAUCAUCGCUGGGUGUGGACUUGUGCCAACAGCUCUCCCGUGUGCCAGGAGAUGCAAAGGAGAAUCGCUUUGCAGCAGAAAAAGACGAGUAUGGUGCAGACACCAUGACGGAAAUCCAUAUUGUUGGACGCAUUGUCCUCAACCUGUGGAGGGUUAUGAAGACUGAGGCUGCAUUGAAUAACUACUCUUUUGAGAAUGUGGCUUUCCAUCUCCUGCACCAGCGCUUUCCUCUCUACAGCCAUCGCACACUCUCGGACUGGUUUGACCACAACACACACCUGCACAGGUGGAAGGUGGUGGAUCACUAUGUUAGCCGUGUCUGUGGGAUAAUGCAGUUGCUCCACCAGCAGGAUGUAAUUGGCCGGACAAGUGAGCUUGCACGCGUAUUUGGGAUCCAGUUCUACCAUGUGCUCACCAGGGGGUCACAGUAUCGUGUGGAGUCAAUGAUGUUAAGGAUUGCAAAGCCAAUGAAUUACAUUCCAGUGACUCCAAGCCCACAACAGCGUGCCCAGCAGAGAGCCCCACAGUGCAUUCCACUCGUCUUGGAGCCAGAGUCACGUUUCUAUAGUAACUCAGUCAUUGUGUUAGAUUUCCAGUCGUUAUACCCGUCUAUCAUCAUCGCCUACAAUUACUGUUUCUCCACCUGCCUUGGACACGUUGAGAAUCUUGGAACGUCUGAUGAGUUCCGGUUUGGUUGUACAUCACUCAGAGUUCCUCCUGACCUCGUGCACCAGCUCAGAAAUGACAUCACUAUUUCUCCAAAUGGCAUCGCAUUUGUUAAGUCGACAGUGCGAAAGGGUGUCCUUCCUAGUAUGCUGGAGGAGAUUUUGAAGACGAGGAUCAUGGUGAAGCAGUCCAUGAAGGUGUACAAGAAUGACAAAGCCCUGUUCCGCCUGCUGGACACUAGACAGCUUGGCCUCAAACUCAUUGCUAACGUCACCUACGGUUACACUGCUGCCAGCUUCUCAGGACGUAUGCCCAGCGUUGAGUUGGGUGACAGCAUUGUGCAUAAGGCCCGAGAGACUCUGGAGAGAGCCAUUAAGAUGGUGAAUGACACCAAGAAGUGGGGAGCACGCGUGGUGUACGGAGACACAGACAGUAUGUUUGUGUUGUUGAAGGGAGCCACCAAGGAACAGGCAUUUAAGAUUGGUAAUGAAAUUGCAGAGGCUGUGACCGCCACCAACCCUAAACCUGUCAAACUGAAGUUCGAGAAGGUGUACCUCCCAUGUGUGUUGCAGACUAAGAAGCGUUAUGUUGGAUACAUGUACGAAAGCUUGGAUCAGAAAAACCCGGUGUUUGAUGCCAAAGGCAUCGAAACUGUACGUCGAGAUGGCUGCCCCGCUGUUGCCAAGAUUCUGGAGCGAUCUCUGAAGCAGCUGUUUGAGUCGAGGGACAUCAGCCAGGUGAAGCAGUACGUGCAGCGGCAGUGUGUGAAGGUGCUGGAGGCAAAAGCCAGCAUGCAGGAUCUCACCUUUGCCAAAGAGUACCGUGGCAGUGGAUCGUACCGUCCAGGGGCCUGUGUCCCUGCUUUGGAGCUCACCAGGCGCAUGAUGGUGUACGAUCGGCGUUUAGAGCCACGUGUGGGUGAGCGCGUGCCAUAUGUUAUUGUGUACGGGAUGCCAGGAGUGCCACUUAUACAGCUGGUUCGACGGCCUCUAGAGGUACUACAGGACCCCAGCCUCCGCCUCAACGCCACCUACUACAUCACUAAGCAGAUUUUACCGCCACUCGCACGGAUAUUCAACCUGAUCGGGGUGGAUGUGUUCAGCUGGUACCACGAGCUGCCCAGGGUACAGAAGGCUUGGAGCACUGCAGGGGGUGGAGGGGCAGAGGAGGGCACAAGGAAAGGCACUAUCUCACAAUACUUCACUACACUGCAUUGCCCAGUUUGUGACGAGCUCACGCAGCUGGGAGUGUGCGAGCGUUGCCGAGCUGAACCACAGUGUGUCGCUGUUACCCUGCACCAGGACCUGAGACUGUGGGAGAGUCAGCAAGAUCAGCUCCUAAAGGUAUGUAGAAGCUGCAGCGGCAGUGCAGAGCGUCAGGUCCCAUGUGUCUCAUUGGACUGCCCUGUACUCUACAAAUUGUCUCGUGUUAAUCGGCACCUUUCCAGAGGACCAUACCUUCACCAACUUCUGGAGCAGUUCUGAUUGUUCUGCAGUCUGUCCUAUCUCUCUUUUCCUCUGUUUUUCUCUGGUGCUAAACGCUGUCAUUCAGCACAGUUUUUUGUGUGUAUCAUAGUUUGAAAAGGUGCUUUUUUGUGACCUCUCCCUCUUAUACUGGUUGACUGUGUGGUAAUGCAGCGCAGUGGGACUGAAGAGGCCUUAAAUACAGAAAAGAGGAUGUGGACUGUGUUUUUGAUGUACCGUUUAUGACUUUGCUUUGUAGUCAUUGUUCAUUGCUGUCAUAGUGUUCCUUCAUUUCAAUGAUAUUUCUGCAGACUGACAGCAUAAAUCCUCUCAAAACUGAACCUCAUAUGCGCUGUAGCAUUUUGUAAAUCAAAGAUAUUCAGUUCUGAGUUUUGUGGAGCAAUGUUUGACUCCAAUGAUGAAUGCUUUUUUUAUCAAAUAAGCCUUUGUAUAGUGAUCCAAAAUUUUGUCUGUUGGUAUUGAUGAAAAGUUAUAAAAAAUUGGAGAAAGGUUUUUAUCAAUCCCUGACUAAGGAUUCCACAUGUUUGUGCUAGAAAGACACAAGUUUUAUUUUGUCCAAGUCUGAGGACAAACAAGUCAGUAUCAGCCUUAACUUCUUGGACUUCUGCAAUAUGUUUAAUAAUUUAUGGAGUAUAUAUUGUCUGUGCAUAUUUUUUUUUUUUUUCUGUUCAAAUACUUUUUUUUUUUUUUAAUGCUUUCCUCUAUUCUAAACCAGACAUUGUAUGUUACCUAUGUAAAGAUUCAUUCUUUCAGUUCCAGAUCUACAGAACACAAUACGUAUUUGUAAACUUGUAAAAACUUAAGGUGCUUCGUUUUUAAAGAACAUUUGUGGGUGGAGAUAUAAAAUUGAUAUAAUAAAAUUUAAGUAUUUAACAAAUGCUUCAAUUGAAUUGGGUCCUCUUGGUUUUUCAGUUGGUCUCCUAAACAAAAUCUUUGGACUGCAUAAGAAAAUUAAUAUUGAAUUGGCUGAUAACUGUGAUCUAUGUAUCAAACAGAGUAAGAAUUUUUUACGAUAUUAUAAUUUUCGAUUUAUAAUAAUUUAAUAGAAUUUCAGAAAGGAAUAAAAUCAACAUUUAAACAAUUACAGCACCUUUUUCACAACAAUUUGGGCUAAAAAAAUAAAAUCACAACAUUACAUAGAAAUCAAAAGCCCAGUGAACAGAUUUUUGGUAAUUAACAAAGUGAACAGAAAUAUUUAACAAACAUGAAAAGGACUUCAACAAAGACUUCAGCAUCAAAACGUUACUUUUUCAGCCUAAUCUCAUGAAACUUAUGUGACACUGGCAACAUUUUUGCAAAAUGAUUUUAUUACACGUAUCGCUGCAGUUUCAAGGUGAAAUGUCCACUGAUGGGCCCUAAAAGUUUAAUGUUCUCCCAAAAAGACAAGUUUUUUUUUUUAGGUUAAUGCUCUAUGAAGUUUUAAAUGAAUAAAACCUACCAUCCUAAUCUAGAUCUUCAACAAAAACCUACCCAAUAGUGUCAUAAAAAGUAAAUGUGAGACGAUAACAU